AUGGCGCGCCGUCAGCACCUGACGCUGUCGGUCCUUCUCAUCGUCUUUUUACUUCUCAGCAUAUCCUACUUCUUCACCUCGGCGCCUGGCGCCGCACGCGAUCGAGCAGCGUCCUUCGUCUCCGCCGUCAAGAAUCCAACCAAACCGCGGCCGGCGCAGGCGUCAACGGGCACGAAUAGCAACAACGAUGGACAGACUGGCAAGAACGCCGCCGCGCCGUCAGCGACCCCGUCGGCGGGGUUCAGCAUCGACCUAGACUCGCUGCCGGCUCUCGACGGGGACUCGAUAGCGCCCAAACUAGAGAAUGCGACCCUCAAGUACGAAACUCUUACCCCCCCCCUCCCCGUCCCCCCUCUUGCAGCCAAACGAGCCGAACUCGGACGCGCGACCUGGCGGUUCCUGCACACCAUGGCCGCCCGCUUCCCCGACAAGCCGACCAAGGAGGAGCGCACCACCUUUGAGACGUUUAUACAGCUCUUUGGCCGCCUCUAUCCGUGCGGCGACUGCGCCCGCCACUUUCGCGGCAUCCUCGCCGAGUACCCACCGCAGUCCGGGUCGCGCAGCGCCGCGGCCGGCUGGCUCUGCUUCGCCCACAACCUCGUCAACGAGCGCCUGGGCAAGCCGUCCUUUGACUGCAACGCCAUUGGCGACUUUUACGACUGCGGCUGCGCCGAAGACGAUAAGAAAAAGGACAACGCGGCGGCGGCGGGCAAAGAUACGACGAAGAAGGAUGACAUGAGCGGCAAGAAAAAGGACGAGGCGGCGGCGGCGGGCGAUGAUACUAAAAAGAAGGGUGACAAGAAAAAGGACGAGGCAGUGGUGGCGGGCGAUGAUAGUACGAAGAAGGACGACAAAAACGAGUAG